UCCUGCGUGUGUGUGUGAGUGUGUGUGUGAGUGUGUGAGUGCGCGUGCGAGACAGACAGACAGAGAGCGUGUGUGUUAUGAGCAUGUGAGUGUGUGCCGGUGUGUUAGAGCGCGGUGAGCGCGUGCGGCAGCGACAUGACCAGAGCCUCGCGAGCGCGUCCGGUCAAUCAUGGAGCUUUUUAAGGCACUGCUUUGGAUUUUAUUACUGAAGCGAGUAAAGGAGUGUGUGUCUGAGGAAGUGGUGUUGCUGAAUUCCAAAGAGUCCCAGGCGGAACUGGGCUGGACCUCGUAUCCUGCUAAUGGAUGGGAGGAGAUCAGUGGUGUGGAUGAGAAGUACAAGCCCAUCCGUACGUACCAGGUGUGUAACGUGAUGGAGCCGAACCAGAACAACUGGCUGAGGACAGGAUGGAUCGGGCGUCGUGGAGGUCAGCGCAUCUAUGUGGAGCUGCAGUUCACGCUGCGUGACUGUAACAGCAUUCCGGGUGUAGCGGGAAGCUGCAAGGAAACCUUCAACCUGCUGUACGCCGAGUCUGACCGUGCGCUGGGGGGUCACGACGACGACGAGGCACGCUACAGUAAAGUGGACACCAUCGCCGCUGACGAGAGCUUCACGCAGGGCGACCUGGGUGAGAGAAAGAUGAAGCUGAACACGGAGGUGCGUGAGAUCGGCCCACUGACGCGCCGCGGCUUUCACCUGGCCUUCCAGGACGUGGGCGCCUGCGUGGCCAUCGUCUCUGUACGCAUUUAUUAUAAACGCUGCCGCGCCGCCGUGCAGAACCUCGCCAUCUUCCCUGACACGGUGGCCGAGGCCGCGUUCACCACGCUGGUGGAGGUCCGGGGCGUCUGCGUCAACAACUCUGAGCCGGACGCCACCGACUCGCCUCCCAGGAUGCACUGCAGCGCCGAGGGGGAGUGGCUCGUACCCAUCGGGAGGUGCAGCUGCAGCGCCGGAUACGAGGAAGGACACAGCAGCUGUGAAGCAUGUCCCCCAGGCACGUAUAAGACGUCGUCUCAGCAUCAGGAGUGUUUACGGUGUCCCGCUCACAGCGUGGCCGAGGACGACGGCUCCGUCGUGUGCGUGUGUGAAGAGGGCUACUUUCGAACGCUCCUGGACCCUCCGUCUGCUCCAUGCACACGACCGCCCUCUCCUCCACGAGACUUGCUCUACACCCUGAAACAGUCCACCCUGAUCCUGGAGUGGGCGUCUCCAUCAGACACGGGGGGACGUAGUGACGUGAGCUACAGCGUGUCAUGUCAGCGUUGUGUUUUUGGCCCGCGGGAACACUGUGAGCCGUGCGGAGCUAACGUGGGCUUCGUGCCUCAGCAGAGCGGCCUGAGCGGGCGUACGGUCACCGUGCUCAACCUGCUGCCUAACACCAACUACACCUUCAGUGUUGAGGCCAGGAACGGCGUCUCUGACCUGCUGCCCAACAAACGCUUCUACACACACAUCAACAUGUCCACCAGCCUGCCAGCUUCCUCUCAGGUGAGUGAGUUGCGGGUGGAGAAGAUCGAGCAGCGCAGUGUGACUCUGGCAUGGAGAGACUCCUCAAACCCCAACAACAGCCGAACAGAAUACGAGAUCAAAUACUAUGAGAAGGAGCAGAAAGAUCAGAGUUAUUCCACUGUGAAAACCGCAGCCACCAAAAUCAGCGUGAACAACCUGAAACCAGGCACCACCUAUGUCUUCCUCAUCCGCUCAUGCUCCAGCCCCGCCCCUUCCUCUCUAUCCUCUUCUCCCUCUUCCUCCUCCUCUUCUUCAUCACCCCUGUCAUCUUCAUCCUCCUCUUCUUCACCAUCCUCCCCCUCCUCUGUUCCUGCCGCUCCUUCCUCUUCACCUCCGCUGGACUACGGGGUCUUCAGCACGCCACUUGAGCUGCAGACGCUCGGAGAGUUGGCCUUGGCAUCGAGUGAGCAGAGUCCGGUGGUAAUCCUGGUGGUGGUGUCAGUAGCUGCUCUCAUCAUACUGCUGUCUCUGGGUGUAGGACUGCUCAUCUGGAGGAGACAUUGUGGCUACAGUAAAGCCAACCAGGAGGGAGACGAGGAGCUCUACUUCCAGUUUAAAAUCCCAACCCGCAGGACGUACAUCGACCCGGAGACGUGUGAAGACCUGCUGCAGGCUGUUCACACCUUCGCCAAAGAGCUCGACAACUCCAGCGUCAAGAUCGAGCGCAUCGUCCACACGGGUGAUUUUGGUGAGGUGUGCCGUGGCUGUCUGAAGCUGCCCAGUAAGCGCGAGCUGCCGGUGGCCAUUAAGACGCUACGCAGCGGCUGCUCAGAGAAACAACGGCGCUCGUUCCUCUGUGAAGCGGGAAUCCUGGGCCAGUUUGACCACGCAAACAUCAUCCGCCUCGAGGGGGUCAUCACCAGAGGUAACACCACAAUGAUUGUGAUGGAGUGUAUGACCAGUGGUGCCCUGGACUCCUUUCUACGGAAACAUGAAGGUCAGUUCAGUGUGCUCCAGCUGGUGGACCUUCUGAGCUCUGUGGCCUCAGGGAUGAAGUACCUGACUGAGAUGGGUUUCAUCCACCGGCGUCUCGCAGCCCACAAUGUUCUGAUCAACAGCAGCCUGGUGUGUAAAGUCUCCGGCUUCAGACCCUUACAGAACGACAAGAUGGAGUCUGUUUACACCACACUGCAUGGUGGGAAGAGUGCGGUGUUGUGGACGGCCCCUGAGGCGAUCCAGUACCACAGAUACAGCUCCGCCUCUGAUGUCUGGAGCUUCGGCAUCGUCAUGUGGGAGGUGAUGUCAUACGGCGAGAGGCCUUACUGGGACAUGGGGAGUCAAGACGUGAUCAAAGCGAUCGAGGACGGGUUCCGGUUGCCAGCUCCUCUGAACUGUCCCUCAUCUCUACACCAGUUGAUGCUGGACUGCUGGCAGAAGGAUCGGACGGAGAGACCGAGCUUCUCUCAGAUCCACAGCGCUCUCAGUAAAACCAUGCGCAGCCCAGACAACAUCGGCUCGUCCACGCUGACACACAGGACGCUGGCCUCAUCCUCCAUCUCUCUGGCCGAGAGGACGCUGGCCGAGAGGACGCUGGCCGAGAGGACGCUGGCCGAGAGAACCCUAGCCGAGAGAACCCUAGCCGAGAGAACCCUAGCAGAGAGAACCCUAGCAGAGAGGACCCUAGCAGAGAGAACCCUAGCAGAGAGAACCCUUCCAUCACUCCCCUCAUUCAGCUCUGUAGGCGAGUGGCUCGAGGCUGUGGAUAUGGGACGCUACAAAGACAACUUCACCGCCACAGGGUACUGCUACCUGGAGUCGGUCGCCCGCAUGAACGUCCAGGAUGUGCUCAGUCUAGGUAUCACCUCUCUGGAGCAUCAGAAGCAGCUGCUGUCAGCUAUUCAGACUCUUAGAGCACAAGUCAUCCAGAUGCACGGCCGUGGAGUGCAGGUUUAACACACAUACACACACACACACACACACACACACACACACACUCGUACACACAGGACGUGUGGAGAUAUCCUCUGUCCCCAACACUACGUCCACCUGUGAACAAGGUUGAUGGUCAUGUGACCUCACACCUCCUUGAUGACGCUGCUCUUCCUGUCUCCUGUGGCUCCUCGUCCAUCACAGCUCUGUUCAGAGACGUGGUUCUGUCUGUUCCCCCCUCAGCCUAACAGAACGGUUCGGUCUGCUCUCCUCCUGAGCCGCCGUCACGUACACACACUUCCACCGAGCUGAGAACGGCAGUGUGACGUGACUCAAGACUGCUUCUGUUUGACUGCAGCUCCUUCAGACUCUCUACUGAACUGAGAGCAGCAUCAUGUGCUAACGCUAACACUGCUAACACUGCUAACACUGCUAACGUAGCCAGCGCACUUCCUCUACGGCCGAGAAGUUCGGAGAGUUCAGGAGUAAAAACAAAAAAAUCAGACAAACCGGAAAAUUAGACGAUUAAAAGACAAAAUCUUCAGUGUGUGAACUUUAUUUACGAGUCUUUUCAUCCACAGCUUCCAUUUUAUUAUUUUUAUUAUUAUUAUUAUUAUUAUUAUUAUUAUUAUUAUUAUUAUUAUUAUCAGUCAUUUCUGCAGCCUCACUUUA